AUGUUCUGCUGUGGCAGCAAGUCUUCCGUGGAGGAGCCCCAGCGCCUGACAGACUACGAGCUGGCAGCGCGGCUCCAGGCCCAGGAGGACCGGAGAGGACGAGGCCAGCGCCGACAGCCUCCCCGAGACGUGGAUUGGGGCACAGGCUCGGCUGGACAGCGCCUGGGGGGUACGGCAGCGCCCCAGCAGGACCGGCGGCAGCUGCUGGCAGAAGCCGCCCAGCGACGCCAGCUUGCUCCGAAUGGAAUCUCGAAAACUCGCGCUGCUGAGCUCUCCGCAGAGCAGCAGAAAGCGGAGCUUAUCGGGCGCUUGACGGAGCAAUACCGCAGGUUGGGCGAGGACAUGCCCAUGGGCCUGAAGCUGGGCUCUGUGGAGCAGCUGAAGAAGCACUUGGAGAUGCUGAGAAGCCGCUAG